AUGAACAGCAUAAACACAAUGAGUAACAGCACGCAACAAUUUAGUAUUGAGAAAAAUGAAUUAAGCUAUGGAGAAACAAGAUUGACAGAACAACAACAACAAUGUAAUUAUCAGAUGAAUAAUCCGUACAACCCUGCGCCAUCUAUACCUGCAAAAUUAUUUGUUAGCUCUAUUCCAAAAAAUUUAACAGAAAAUGAUAUUAAAACCAUAUUUGAAGAAUAUGGGAAUACUAAAGAUGUAGUUUUUAUAAAAGACAAAAAACCAAACGUAAAUCGAGCUAAUGUAUUUGUUCGAAUGGAAUCAAUUUAUUAUGCACAAAAGGCAAUACAAGAUUUACAUGGGAAAAAAGUAUUAUGUGAAACAUUAGGACCAUUAAUAGUUAAAUUUGCAAUAGGAGAAUUAGAAAAAUACGGUGUUAAUAUGCAUAAUGCAAAUGAAAAUGAAGCCAAAUUAUUUGUAGGUUCAUUACCCAAAGAGAUAACAGAAGAUCAAAUAAGAAAUUUAUUCAAUAGAUAUGGAAAUGUAACAGAAGUUUAUAUAAUGAAAAAUAGUAAUGGGGUUAGUAAAAGAUGUGCAUUUGUUAAUUAUGCAUACAAAGAACAAGGAAUAUUUGCAAUACAAAAUCUAAAUGGCAAAAUAGCUAUUGAAAAUGCAGAAAAACCAAUAGAAGUUCGAUUUGCAGAAACAAAAAAUCAGUUACAAGAAAAACAGUUAUUAAAUAGAGCCAUGCUAAACCCGUUAAAUAGUAACAUGAACAAUAACAACGGUAAUAACAAUAAUCAAAGUAACAAUAAUACCAAUAAUGCUUUCCUACAAUCCCAGCAAUUUAAAAACAUGCACGUUAAUUCAUUUAAUAGAUAUCCAGUACAUAUGAAUUAUAACUUACAAAACAAUGCAGCUCAUCAAAAAAACACAAACAGUUCCGCUAAUUCUCCAUGGAAACAAUAUUUUUCAAAAGAAGAUGGACGACCCUAUUAUCAUAAUGAAAUAACGGGACAAACACAGUGGCAUAAACCUAGAAAAAUGGAACAAGAUUUUAUGAACCCAUUAAAUAUGAAUGAAGUAUCUGGUCCUGUAGGGGCAAAUAUUUUCAUUUUUCAUAUCCCUAAUGAAUGGAUUCAAAAUGAUUUAUUAGCUGCCUUUUCUCCUUUUGGAAAUAUAAUUUCUGCACAUAUCGCAACAGAAAAGGACACAGGAAGAAAUAGGGGAUUUGCUUUUGUGUCAUAUGAUAAUGUAGAUAGCGCAAUAAAUGCUGUUAAAUAUAUGAAUGGAUUUUUGGCACAUAAGAAAAAAUUAAAGGUUACUAUAAAGAAAGGGGAAGAACAGUACGUACAAGCUCUGCUCAACCAGAGAAGUAAACUGAGCACACCCGAUAAUCGAAGAAAUUUUAUGAGUCCCUCACCACACACAUAG